AUGGCGGUCUCCCACAAUGUCUCGAAGCACCUGGUUGUAGAAAUCGCGCUCCUUGUUGCCUCUCAAGCAGCCUUGUAUUACACUUUGCGAUGGGCCAUUGGAUCUUUCACUGGAGGCGAUAAGAAAAACGUUAACGCAAAGCAGAUGGAGGCUUUAAAACGAUUGGGUCACACGGAACUCAAGCUAAACGAAUAUGAAAGCGUUGUUGCAAACGAGGUUAUACAUCCAGAUGAUAUUCCAGUCAAAUUCUCCGACAUUGGAGGACUGGACCCAAUCAUAGCUUCCUUGCGUGAAUCUAUUAUAUACCCCCUUCUCUACCCGAGUCUCUUCACUUCAAAUUCAUCCCUCCUUGGAGCACCAAAGGGUGUGCUGUUAUAUGGGCCCCCAGGGUGUGGCAAAACUAUGCUAGCAAAAGCUCUUGCAAAAGAAUCCGGCGCGACCUUUAUCAAUAUUGCUGCUUCCGUGCUCACGAACAAGUGGUUUGGAGAAUCAAAUAAGCUUGUCGCAGGACUUUUCAGUUUGGCUAAAAAAACUCAGCCUAGUAUCAUCUUUAUUGAUGAAAUAGACUCGUUCUUGAGGGAAAGAUCCUCCGGGGACCAUGAAGUAACGGCUAUGAUGAAGGCUGAAUUCAUGACCCUAUGGGAUGGCCUCUUGUCGUCAACAGAUCGAAUUCUGGUCCUCGGCGCUACCAACCGGCCGAACGAUAUCGACUCUGCCAUUUUCCGUCGACUACCAAAACGCUUUGCUGUAACAUUACCCGAUUUUGACCAGCGGUUGAAAAUUCUCAAACUAAUGCUACAAGAUGUCACACUCUCUCCAGAACUGUCCCUUGAAAUCCUUGCUCAAGCGUCAGAAGGUCUAUCGGGUUCAGAUUUGAAGGAAUUGUGCCGUGCUGCAGCAAUGGUUCCGGUUCGUGAUUACAUGCGGGAGAACCUAUCAAAUGGGGAAGUAUUAACUGAAGAACAGUUAAAAGAUUUCAAACCCCGUCCAGUGACCCUGCAGGAUUUCCUCUCGUUUGAGAAUAACGGUCUCCUUAGCAAGCCCGUGUCUCCUUUGCCCGAUGAUAAAUCGAGGAUAAACUCUAAGGAGGGCAGCGAUUCUAGCCAGGUUCCCCUUCCAGUGGAUUGA